AUGAAAAGUACUCAAAGUAAUUUGAAUGAUGAAGAAAAGGUUAUGAAUAAUAAUGAGAAGAUUAUUAAAAAUUCGUAUGGAGAAUUAUUAAGUGGAUGUAUAAAAAAUAAGAGUAGUGAUAUGAACACAGGUGACGUAUAUCCGUGUAAUUAUAAGAACACAAAGAUAGUAUCCAUAAAAAAUGUAUAUAAUAAUUUGUAUAAAACCAGUGAUAGCUUGUUUUUUAAGGAAGAAAAUGAAGAGAAUAAAAUGGAAAAUUGUAUCAUAAGAAAUGAUGGAAGGGAUAUGGAAAAUAAAUUUAGUUUAUAUAUUAAUAAUGCUGAAAAUAAGGAUGAUAAUAAUAUAAAUCAUAAUAUAAAUAAUAAUAAAAAUAAUAAUAAAAAUAAUAAUAAAAAUAAUAAUAUUUAUCAUAAUAUAAAUAAUAAUAAUUAUCAUAAUAUAAAUAAUAAUAAUUAUCAUAAUAAUAUUAUUAAUGAUGGUGCUAUAAUAAAUGAACAUACUUCUCAUGGUGAUCGCUCAUCCUUCUUAAAUAAUAAAAAUUAUAAUGUUUCGAAUUGCACAAACCAUGCGCAUAAUAUAAAUUUAAAUGAAGAAAAGAAUGAAAAAGUAUACAUGUAUAGAAAUGAAAAUAAGGAAAAAAUCCAUAAUUCCAAUAAUAAGGAUUAUAUCCAAAAGAGUAACGAAAAAAAUGUAUCAUCCAAAAUGGAAGAAGAAACUUAUAGAAAUAAUUCUUAUAAUAUAGAUUCAAAAAAUACGGAUGUAAAAAAUAAUGAAAGGGAUAUGUGUAAAACAAUGGUGAAUAAUUUAAGUAUUAAAGAAAAUAAGAACUAUUCCUAUAAUAGUAAAAAAGAAGAACGAAACACAGAACAUCAAUAUAACAUAAUAAAUGAAGAAGAACAUGUAAAAUUAUUUAAAAACAUGAAUUUACAAGAAAUAAAAAAUGUUCUUAGUAAAAAUGAUGCAAGUACAUUAAAAAUAUUAUUAUGUACAGAUAACCAUUUAGGAUACAAAGAAAAUAAUUCUAUACAAAAAAAAGAUAGCUUUAAUUCUUUUGAAGAAAUUUUAUUUAUAGCAAAAAAAUUAAAUGUUGAUAUGAUAUUAAACAGUGGAGAUUUAUUUCAUAAAAAUAAAGUUUCUGAAUAUACUCUGUUUAAAUCUAUGUAUAUUAUAAGAAAAUAUUGUCAUAUUAAUGAAAAUGACAAGGAAAUACAAAAAGAUGAUAAUAUAAAUAAUAGUGUACAUUCUAAUGAUUUAAAUAAUGAUGAUAAAUCUAUCGGCGAAGGUAUUUUGGAAAAUGAAUUUUAUAAUAUGUAUAAUGUGCAAGUCAAAGAAAUAAAAAAUUAUAAGUAUGAAUAUUAUAAAAAUGAACAUACUGUUAAUAGAAAUAAUAUAUUUGAUGACACAAAUAAUUAUAUGUCUAACAAACCGUCUGUCCAAGAUAAGAAUGGAAAUUUAUAUAAAGACGAUAAGAAUAAUACUAAUAAUGUAAAAUUAUUACAAAAAAAUGAUGAAAUGUAUAAUUCUGAUCAUCCUGGGGAAUAUUUAAAUUAUCCGAAUGGUAGUAAUAAGCAUUUUUAUGAAUAUGGAAAGGAAGAUAAUAAUGAUAAUAAUGAUGAUGAUAAUAAUAAUGUUAAUAAUGAUGAUGAUAAUAAUAAUGUUAAUAAUGAUGAUUAUAAUAAUAAUGUUAAUAAUGAUGAUGAUAAUAAUGAUGAUGAUAAUAUUGUUAUUUUAAAUAUGCUAAAGAAAAAUAAGGGGAAAAUAACCAAGAAGAAUAAAAAAAAAAGAGUUAAUAAUAAUAAUAUUUUUAAUAGUGAUAAUGAUGAUAUACAUCACAUUAGACAUGAUGAUGAGCAUCAUAAUAAUUACAAUGAACAUGAUUAUUAUAAUGAUGAUUGCCAUUUUGAAGAAGAACAAAUAAAAUAUUACAAUAAAUUAAAAGAAAAUAAUAACGAAUUCUUUAAUAAACUAAAAAUAUGUCCAGUAAAUGAGAAAUUUAAAAAGUUAAUACCAUUUUAUACGAUACACGGUAAUCAUGAUUAUCCAUAUAGUUAUGAUUACAUAUCACCAUUAGAUAUAUUAAAUAUAUCGAAUUUAAUAAAUUAUAUAGGUAAGAAUAAUUUAAAUAAUAUUGUUGUGAAACCUAUUCUUUUAAAUAAAUAUAAAAGUAAAAUAUCCAUAUAUGCUGUUGGAUGGAUGAAAGAUGAAAGAUUAUAUCGAUCUUUUGAAAAUAACGAAGUGAAAUUUAUUUUACCAUCAGAUUAUAAAAAUAGAAUAAAUAUAUUAGUAUUACAUCAGAAUAGAUAUAUAAGAAAUGCAUAUGGAAAUAAUACAAAAAAUUUUAUAAAAGAAUCUUUUAUACCUAAAUUUAUUGAUUUAGUUAUAUGGGGACAUGAACAUUUUUCUAAACCUUAUUUAGAAGAAAGUAUUUUAAAUUCAUUUUAUAAUAUACAGCUAGGGUCGUCUGUUAGAACAUCUAUAUGUCCAAAUGAAUACGGAGAUAAAUUUAUAGGAUUAUUAGAAAUAAAAAAUCAAAGAUUUAGAUUUUUAAAAAUUAAUUUAGAAACAGUAAGACCUUUUGAAAUGAAAGAUAUCAAACUAGCUGAUUAUGAAUUAAAUUUUAAAUCAGAAUCUGUUUUAAAAGAAUUUCUACAUGAACAAACACAUGCAAUUUUGGAAAAAAUUAAAAAUAAUUUCUCUGAUGAAAUCAAAAAAUAUUUUUUGUUCAAACAAUUAUUUCAUACUAAAAAUAAAUUAGAAACAGAUUCAAAUAAAGAACAUCAAAAUGAAUAUAAGAAUAUAAAUCAUAUAUGUACAAAAAAAAUAAAUGCACAUUUAAAUGAUUACCAAGAUGAAAAUCUAUAUAAAUCUCUAAUUUCCAUAUCUAAAGAAGAUAUAAAUAAUUUUUUUAAUAAUUUAAAAAAUGAGGAUUUUUAUUCUAGUACAUUUAUACAUUUUGCUUUUGCUGAUCAUUAUGACACAUUCGAUUUACUAAAAAUAAAAAAGGAUGUUUAUGAAAAACCAUUGUUAAAAAUUAAAGUAGAAUAUGAUGAUGUGAAUAUAAUUAACACACAAUUGUUUGGUUCUCUUUUUAUAAAUAGCAUAGCAAAUCCAUCCGAAUUUUUAUCUUUCUAUAGGAAAAAAAUAAGACACAGGGAUAUAUAUAAUAACAACGAUAAUAAUAAUAAUAAUGAUAAUAUUAAUGAUAAUAAUAAUAAUAAUAAUAAUAAUAAUAAUAAUAAUAAUAAUAAUAAUGGUAAGAAUAACAUGAACCAUGACACAUACAAUAAUAAUCGUAAUUAUAAUAGGCUACAUGAAGAUGAAGGAGACAAAGAUUUACAUAAUAUGGAAUAUAUAAAUGAAUAUAAUAAAGUAUUCGAUAUACUAUUUGAUUAUUGUGAUAUAAAAAAUAAAUUAUUAAUAUUAGAUGAAAAUGUUAUUAUGGAUACAAUACAAAAUUUUAUAUUAAAUACAAAUUCAUCCUUUAAUUUUAAUACAAAUGUAACUUCUGAUUUUACAUCCAUUAAGUCAAUGAUUGAUAAAUCUUUUAAAAAUAAAGUAGAAUCCAUUGAAAAACAGAUGGAAGAUAUGUCUGCUGAAAAUAUAACGGAUGCUUAUCUCACAGAUGUAUUAAAAAAAAUUAAGAACACCUCAUAA